UGAUAAUCAGUUCAGUUUCCGGAAGAGAAGAGACAGACGAUUGAGGGAGCAGCCGAUGUGUUUCUACAUAGGGGAAAUGCAAUGAAGCACUGGUUUAUAAAGAGCCUUGCAGACAGACACUAACUAGAGGCUGUGUUUGAGCACGUUCAGUCAGGGCGUGCUGAGCGCUGGGGCUGUGCUUUACAUAUCUGCCCCCAUGAGGAUUUAGGAAGCGGUAGUGAAGCUUUAACCUGAGAUAGGGACAGGUAGCGGAAUGGAUCGCUGGACCUGUCCAAAUGACCGCCAGCUGGCCUUACGAGCCAAGCUUGGCACUGGUUGGUCGGUUCACACCAAUCGAUUGGGAAUGUUUCACAAGGGAAAUAAUCUUAGUAUCGACGAACAAGAACACAUUAUGAAUGUCAUCUGUAAGGCAGACUUUCUCGAGCGAAAUGAACAAGAGCGUAUUGGGCGAUUGGUGGAGAAGCUGGACAACAUGAAGAAGAAUGCCAUAGGUAAUGGUACUACCCAGUGUAUUCUGUGUGGGGACGAGUUUGGACUUCUUGGUGCCUCCCCCACAUUCUGUGAUGACUGUAAAAAUGCGGUGUGUACCAAGUGUGGAAUCGACACGUAUAACUGUCACAAACAGCCCUUAUGGCUUUGUAAGAUCUGCAGCGAGAACAGGGAGGUGUGGAAGCGAUCUGGAGCCUGGUUCUUCAAGGGCCUCCCUAAAUACACAAUACCAGAGAAGAAAGCUAUGGAGGCUGCCAAGGUGACAGUUAAUAAAGGUCGUUCAGAAUCGCGCGGUGUUCAGCGGGGCCAGCCAGGGACUACACGUAAUUAUAACACCUGGAGUAGAGGGAGAGGCAGCCAUGCCUACGGUGAAAGCAGUGAACAAGAUACAGAAAGCAGCUCAGAAGAUGAGAUUAGCAUUGGUAAACGGAAGAUUGGCCGAAACAGGGGAGACUCUGAAAGUGACAACAUCAGCGUGACCAGUUCGGCCAGUGGUCAGUACUAUAGUGGACACAACCCUAAGGAGAUGCGUGGCAGUGUGACCAGCAGUAACUACCAUGGGGGUCAGCUCAGCGCUACAGAGAGUAGCCGCGGAGAUGACAUACAUGAGGAUACCGACAGUGAGAGUGUUGGAGAGUUCAGUCGACAGGGAUCGACACAGUCACAUGACCUUCCCGUGAUACAGACACGGCGACAGGAGGAUGACCAGAAUAUAGAUAGCGCCUUCUCCAAGUACGCACACAACCCGGAGGACGACGGAUCACCUUCCUCACCCGAUAGUGAUGGAGUAUCCUUGGGAGCAUUGGAGUUCUCUCUCCUGUACGAUUCCGCAGCGAACGCUCUUCACUGUACCGUUGUACGAGCUAGGGGGCUCAAAGCAAUGGAUUCCAAUGGAUUGUCCGAUCCUUAUGUUAAACUCCACACACUUCCUGGAGCAAGCAAGUCUAACAAACUAAGAACUAAAACCAUCCACAAGACACUGAACCCCGAGUGGAACGAGACCCUAACCUACUACGGAAUCACCGAAGAUGACAUGCUCAAGAAAACACUCAGACUGGCUGUAUUAGACGAGGAUGCCUUUGGUUACGACUUUAUCGGGGAGACACGUGUACCACUGAAGCGACUUCGUGCUGGACAGACCAAACAUUUUAAUGUGUACCUGGAGAAACAGCUACCGUUGGAGAAGGACGAUGACCUACUAUCUAAUGACCGAGGGAAAAUCUUGCUGUCCCUAAAAUACAUCUCGGUCAAACAGGCUCUUGCUGUAGGUGUGGUUCGCUGUGUAGAGUUGGCAGCCAUGGACAGUAACGGUUACUCUGACCCCUACGUCAAAUUAUACUUAAAACCUGAUCGAGACAAGAAGUCAAAGUUCAAAACAGUUGUGAAGAAGCGAACACUUAACCCAGAGUACAAUGAGGAUUUCCUGUACGAGAUCAAACUGCCAGAACUCGCGAAGAAGACUCUAGAGAUCACGGUGUGGGAUAAGGACAUCGGCAAGGCUAACGACUUCAUAGGUGGAGUCCAGCUAGGUAUCAACUCAAAAGGAGAGAGACUCAAACACUGGUUCGACACCCUGAAGAAUCCUGACCAGAAAUUUGAACGGUGGCAGCUGUUGUCAGCCGAACUCAUUCCCGAGGUUCAAUUAACAUCCUAAUGCUCAAACGUUCUUGUGAUCCUGCAUGUUUUAUUGUUCCGGAUGAAUACUAGAUUUGCUCACACUGCCAAUAUACCAAUCAACAAGUACUGACUGCUGUUGGAACUCCAAAGCUCCAGGAAAAGCUACAGCUCACAAGACACAUGUUACUUCGUCACCCCAGGAAACAGCUCAGCACAAAAGACACAUGUUACUUCGUCUCCCCAGGAAACAGCUCAGCACAAAAGACACAUGUUACUUCGUCUCCCCAGGAAACAGCUCAGCACAAAAGACACAUGUUACUUCGUCUCCCCAGGAAACAGCUCAGCACAAAAGACACAUGUACUUCGUCACCCCAGGAAACAGCUCAGCACAGAAGACACAUGCUACUUCGUCACCCCAGGAAACAGCUCAGCACAAAAGACACAUCCUAAGACUCAAAUACCACUUCCCAUGCAGCUUUAAGACAAAGGGAAGGAUUGUGUGCUACACCACUAAGGAUUGUGUGUUACACCACUAAGGAUUGUGUGUUACACCACUAAGGAAUCUCAUGUUAACAUUGCUGAAGUCGUCCUUGCCUAAUAAGUCAGUUUCUUUAAAUUAUAAGCUUUGAUGAUGAGUGAGUCUGAGACAACGCUGAGACAACUGGUGUGAUAACUGUCUUGUCCUUUCAUUCUGUCAUGUAUAGAUAAUAAGUCUAUAUCAUAAACCAAGAAGGUAUCAUUUUUGUGUUGCUUUUAAAUCAACGCCACUUGCUGCUGUUCUGAUUAUCUUCUCAGGAGUUAUGCCCCUUUGAUAUUCUUUAUAAAAUAUGUUAGUUUUCAUGAUUUUGAGAGAUUCGUCCUUUUUAUGGACUGAAAUCAAGAAGUUUGUGCUUGAAAUUUAUAUACAAAGUAAAUGUAGUUCACAUUCCGAUUGGUUAAUUAGUUAGACUCUGCUUUUAGCUAUUUUUGUGUUGAAGACAACUAGGCAGGCACAAGUUUUUUGUGUAAAUCAAUGUUUCUUACUUAAGACUAGCUAGUGUUUCAUAACUAAUUAACAGAGUUGCAGUUUCUAUGGUAACUUAUAAACUAGAUUGUAGUUUCUAUGGUAACUUAUAAACUAGAUUGUAGUUUCUAUGGUAACUUAUAAACUAGACUGAAGUUUCUUUGGUAACUUACAAACUAGAUUUUAAUUCAUAUGGUAACUUACAAACUAGACUGAAGUUUCUGUGGUAACUUACAAGCUAGACUGUAGUUUCUAUGGUAAUUUACAAACCAGACUGUAGUUUCUGUGGUAACUUACAAGCUAGACUGAAGUUUCUAUGGUAACUUAAAAGCUAGACUGAAGUUUCUAUGGUAACUUACAAGCUAGACUGAAGUUUCUAUGGUAACUUACAAGCUAGACUGAAGUUUCUAUGGUAACUUACAAACUAGACUGUAGUUUCUGUGGUAACUUACAAGCUAGACUGUAGUUUCUAUGGUAACUUACAAACUAGAAUGUAGUUUCUAUGGUAACUUACAAGCUAGACUAGUUUCUGUGGUAACUUACAAACUAGACUGAAGUUUCUAUGGUAACUUACAAGCUAGACUGAAGUUUCUAUGGUAACUUACAAGCUAGACUGAAGUUUCUAUGGUAACUUACAAGCUAGACUGAAGUUUCUAUGGUAACUUACAAACUAGACUGAAGUUUCUAUGGUAACUUACAAGCUAGACUGUAGUUUCUAUGGUAACUUACAAACUAGACUGUAGUUUCUAUGGUAACUUACAAACUAGACUUUAGUUUCUAUGGUAACUUACAAGCUAGACUGUAGUUUCUAUGGUAACUUACAAGCUAGACUGUAGUUUCUAUGGUAACUUACAAACCAGACUGUAGUUUCUAUGGUAACUUACAAACCAGACUGUAGUUUCUAUGGUAACUUACAAGCUAGACUGUAGUUUCUAUGGUAACUUACAAACUAGACUGUAGUUUCUAUGGUAACUUACAAGCUAGACUGUAGUUUCUAUGGUAAUUUACAAGCUAGACUGUAAAUUCUAUGGUAAUUCACAAACCAGACUGAAGUUUCUGUGGUAAUUUAAAAAUUAGACUGAAGUUUCUAUGGUAACUUUCUAGUGAAUUCCCUGGAAUUCGUCAGGGAUUACAGUAAUAGUUAAACAGUUUUGCUGUACUGUGUACACUUAUCAGGAAUAGUCUCAGAAUAUGAUAAAUACUAGGAUGUGGUUUCUGUUGAUGUGGUCUCCAUAGCAACAAAUAUACAAGGAUAUAGUGCAGUUUCUAUGACAACCAACAAAUUAAAACAAAACUAAAUACAAAUAAACUAGCGAUGAUGUUUUUUUAUUGCAACUUAUACAUUAGUCCUGUUUCUAUAGACCUAUAUAAUAGUUUAGUUAUAGUCUGGUUUCUAUAGACCUAUAUAAUAGUUUAGUUAGUCUGGUUUCUAUAGACCUAUAUAAUAGUUUAGUUAUAGUCUGGUUUCUAUAGACCUAUAUAAUAGUUUAGUUAAGUCUGGUUUCUAUAGACCUAUAUCAAUAGUUUAGUUAGUCUGGUUUCUAUAGACCUAU